GUUUUCAUAUUUUUCUUUUUAUAUCAGUUUGGAAACUACCAUUAAACAAAGUAUGCAAGAACUGAGUGCUUUGCUUGCUGGUGUAAAAGGAAGUGGUCAUGUCGCAAUGAAUCAAAAUGCCCAACGGUCAGAAGUGACUGCUGAAGCUGAUCAUAUACUUCAUCCAAUCAUGGACAUUCUUGAUGGUAAACUCACCAUGUUUGCUCAAGUCUGUGAACGAACUGUACUGAAAAGGUUGCUUAAGGAUAUAUGGAAAAUUGUAAUGCAUAUUAUGGAAAAAACUGUAGUUUUGCCACCCAACUCAGAGAAGAAUUUAAUCUUAACAAACUUGCCAAAUGCCAAAAUUGAAGAUGUGUCUAGAUUAUUCAGAAACCACGUGACUGCAAACAGGUUACCAGCAUUAGGUGGAGUGGAAGUUGAGAAGAAUCUAACACCUAAACAGUGUGCUGUAUUAGAUGUGGCCUUGGAUACCAUUAAACAGUAUUUCUAUGCUAAUGGUAAUGGGUUGAAGAAGGCAUUUUUGGACAAAAGUACUGAACUGCAGUCAUUACGUUAUGCCUUGUCACUGUACACACAGACAACAGACACUCUUAUAAAGACAUUUGUCAGUACUCAGACAAAACAAGAGAAUCCAGCCACAGAAGAAGGAAGUGUUGGUGAGGUUUCUGUUCAAGUGGACCUCUUCACUCACCCUGGUACUGGAGAGCACAAAAUUACCAUUAAAGUGGUUGCAGCAAAUGACUUACGCUGGCCAAAUACCAGUAUGUUUCGACCUUUUGUGGAGGUUAAUCUGAUUGGUCCUAACUUGAGCAACAAGAAAAGGAAACAUGCUACAAAAUCAAAAAACAAUAACUGGUCUCCAAAAUACAACGAAACUUUCCACUUCAUUAUUGGAAAUGAAGAGGAGCCCUCAUCUUUUGAACUGCACAUUUGUGUGAAAGAUUACUGCUUCGCUCGUGAAGACAGGUUGGUGGGUGUGGCUGUCAUGCAGAUGCGAGACAUAAUAGAACGAGGAAGCUGUGCAUGUUGGCUCACUUUGGCUAGACGAGUUUACUUGGACGAAACAGGGUGGACCAUCUUGAGAAUACUGUCACAGCGAACUAAUGAUGAAGUAGCCAGGGAGUUCGUCAAACUAAAGUCUGAAAUUCGAAAUGAUGAAAACUUGCAACAAACACUGAAGAACUGAACAACUAAUAACUGGUAACUGGAAUAGUUGAGGUUCAUCUUCAUUUACACACACAAGUUAAAGUUUAUAUCACUAUGCCAUGGCUACAGUUACUAUAUCAGGUUUUCUCAAUUUAGCUUCUACAUUAACUAUAUUUUAAGUUUCAUAUCAAGAAAUUUUAGGUUAAAUUUUUAUACUAAAGUUUGUACCAUAAUUUUGAGAUUAAAACUGAGCUUUUUGUUAAGCUUCUAUUUACAUGUACACUAAAAAUUGAGUAUUUAUUUCCCUUGAACCAUGAUUUUAACACUAAAAUUGAGCUUCUACAUUAUCUAUAUACUCAGAAUUGAAUUUUAAUUUCACUUGAACCAUGGCUUUGAAACUAAACCAAAACUUCCAUUUGAGUUUCUACAUCAACUAAUUUUAAAUUAAGGCCAUAAUGACACUAAAACACAGAUUCUGGUUCGUGCUUUAUAUCAUCUCUAGAUGUUCUUGUUUCAUAUCAUAUAUAUACCAUGGUGUUAAUAAUAUAGUAAUGCUUUCAGUGAGGUUUAGAUUCACUUAAACAUCUUAUAUUGGAAUAUCACAUCACCUUGAAACUCUCAUCAAAACUAAAGCAUAGGUUCUGGUAUAGGCUCUAAGUUACUUACACCCUUUUGUUUCAUAUCUCCAAGACCAUGGUGUUGAUACUGUGGUAUAGCUUUCAUUGUAGGUUCUACAUUGCCUAAAAAUGGCAUUGAGUCUGAAGCAGAGCUUCCAAGUUUGCUCAUUCAGUAUGUUUGGAGGUGUAGUUUAAAGGGGUAAAAAUGCUAGAUAGAUAGAUAAAGUAAUAACCUUUUUCAUGCAUUUAUAUUUUUGUCAGAGGAUGAAGUACAGUGUGUAAAGAUAUCAAAGUUGCUCCUUGUGAAUAAUGUGGAAAUAUUCCAUAUCUAGUUUUCUCAUGUACUGCAUAUCUGCUGUAGUAUGUGUUUUUUGAGAUGUUGCAUAUACCUGAAAGUCACUCUCUAGUAUAGGUCUUCAUUAUUGCAGGUCUCCUGCACGCUGUGAAUAUCUGAGAGCUGAAAGUCUAUUUUUUAUAACAAAGUACCUUGUUCUAGUGAUGUAAAAGGAACUAUUCAAGAAUGUAAAACCCAGUCACCACACUGAUCUGUUUGUGCCAACCAGAACUCCCUAACCCUCUCUAUUUAAUAGUCUCUACUUUUCUUAAAAUUAACUAUAGUCAAGCAGCUUAAAAGUCUAUAUUUUUCUUCUCAAGUCCACAUCCCUUGAAAGUUAAGUGUGUGAGUUUAUUGUAUAAUUAUCUCAGGUUUCAAGCACAUCUGAAUAAUGCUAAAUAAUAAGUUGUAUUUGAUAUUUUCUAGAUUUGAGCCUUUUAAUAUAAUUAUUAUUGCAAGUGGGUACGUGAAAUGUACAUAAGUAUUCUUGAAAUUUGCUGGUAAUAACUGUUUAUAAUACCGUAAUAAAAGAUUGAUUCUAACAAUGGUAAUAUUUGUUGUAAAUAGAAAGAGUCAGAAUGUACUAACAUUCAAACGCAUAUCAAGAAGAUAUAUAAAUGGUUCCAAUAUGGACAAAGUUGAAUGUUACAGAUUGUUGAUUAUUUAAAAUAUCUGUUUUCACAACUUGGUAACAUUUAUUAAUCUUUGAAUAGAAGCACAGUUCUCCUUUCUGUAAUUAUGUCACAAGUAGUGGUGUUGUGUAAUACUGGAUUAAGGAUAACUGUUAUUUCAAAUGUUAGUAUUCUUAGUUAAUCUAUAUUUUUAAAAGUUACAUUUUGCUUGUUCUUUAUUUAUAAUUUAUCCUUUUUCUAUAAAUGUUGCACAAUAAAAUGUUUUUCUCAAUGGUUCUUAUUGGUUUGUGGAUGAUGCAGAAGUAUUAUAAUAUAAAACAAUAAUUUUUAAGAGAAAAUGCAAA